GAAAGGACCAAUUUUUCCAAGGGUUUGGACGACCAUUCUUCUGAGCUUCUUCCAGGCAAGAUGCUGACUAGCCAGCGAGCGGCCAGGUACUUUGUCUUGGCUCUCACUCUCUUCCAGUGGCAAUCUGGGACAACUUUCCAGGCAGCAGCACUGCAAGAGGUAAGUGGGGAGUGAAAAGGGCCCCUGGCCUCUUCCUUGGCCCCGGGACGUGCAGGUCACCCUUCCGCCUCCAGCCAAGAGAAGUCAGCCAGUGACCUGGCAGGAAAACUCUUCCUCUUCGAUGAGCUGAUGUCCCUCGAAAAUGACGCCAUCGAGACCAAGAGGAAGCGGAGCUUCUCAGGGUUUGGCUCCCGCCUCGACAGGCUGUCGGCGGGCUCUGUGGACCUGAAAGCCAAGCAAAGGAAAGUUGUGGAGCUGCCAAAGAGGCGGUUUGGAACUCCUCUAGACCGGAUUGGAGUGAACCGUCGGAGCAACACCAGAGGUUAGCAGACGGGGGUUUGCCUGCCCUUGUUGAAGCCCUGUCCAGAACAUCUCCCAUUGCAGAAGACAUUUCAGUGAGCCCCACCUGCAGGCCCAAUGACUAUGUAAUUUAGCAACACACCGCCUAAAAAAAAAAAAAGCACGUCUCCGGUUAUGGUUAUAGCAGGUUUGGUCCACUGAUCAGACUUCCUUUCA